AUGAGCGGUGACCUGAGGACCACGGCCGCGAGUGUCGUCUCUUGGUUCUUGCUCAACAUCGCCAUCGGCAACCUCAACGGCUGGAUCCUCAAGCACCACGGCUUCUCUUACCCGGUGGUGCUGACUGCGGUGCACAUGCUCUGCUGCUGGCUCCUCUCCGCCGUCUGCCUGGUCACCAUCCUGCCUCCCGCAGACCCGCGGCCAACGCCAGUCGGCACCGUGGCCAAGGUCCGCACGCUCGCCCUCGCCUUCUGCGCUUCGGUCGCGCUCGGCAACAUCGCGCUGCGGUACAUCUACGUGUCGUUCGCGCAGAUGGUGUCUGCGGCGUCGCCGUUCUUCACGAUGCUGCUGAUGGGCGCGUAUGGUCGGCAAGCGAUACUCCCUCGCGCUAGUUAUUCGGCGAUCGUGCCGAUGUGCGGCGGCGUGUAUGUAUGUGCUACAGUCGGCGAGCUCUACUUUCUAUAUGCUCGGCUUCACCGCGGUCGUCGCCUCCACCCUGCUCCGUAG